GUCAAGUCAACCGUCUACUUUGUCAAAAAAGCUAGGUUACCUAAAAAAAUAAAAAAUAACAAAAGUAUUACCUUUUUUUAGAAUUUUCAGGAAUUCAGCUUACUCAAUUUAAUGUUAAAUAAUUAUGUUAUCGUUGCAAAAUCAAAAUCAGGCAUUUGCCACACUGACUCAAAUCAGUUCUAAAACCACUGCGAUAGUAUUUCUUCGUAAUAAAAAAGUUAAGUCCAAGCAGCAGUCAAAGGACCUCUUAAUUUGCCCUGAGAGUUUUGCAGAAACUCUCAAAAACUGUGAUUUUGCUUUUGCUCGCAACUUAAGUUUAGAUUCACUUAACAAAAAGUCAUUUUUAAACACCUUUAACGUCUCCUACACAUCAAAUGAAUCUUUUUUCGAAAACAAGCAAGAAGGAUUUAUGAAAACUUCAAACAAAAACAGGAUAAUUCCUCAGAAACUUAUUCCGAGGUUCUAUGACAAUAAGUUUGCUGUCAACAUACAAGUACGACAUUUUAAGACUGAACGGACUAUACAUGCAGAACUACAACGCAAUCCGCCAUUAAUAAGUCGAUUUAAAAACAACAUGGACAGUACGAAACUCCCACCUAAUAUUGGAAUUGCCGAUGGCAACCAACUGAAGAAGUUAUUGGUUGAAGAUGCUCAUAUAACUGACAAUGAAAGGCAACAAAUUAAAAUUGCUUUUGCUGAAGGAUACUUAUUAGGCAACACUGGAAGUGGUAAAAAUGUUAGUAAGGUUUCGAGAUACUUUAGAGUUGUGCAGCAAGUAUUGACCAUAGCCAUUUUUUUGGCUAUUGUUGUAAGCUUAAUGGCCAGCGCUAGUGGAUCAAUUUUCAGGAUUCAGCUAGGAAAUCAAGUGGAAGUGGACCCUGAAGAAAUCCAUAUUACUUUUGAUGAUGUCAAAGGAGUAGAUGAAGCUAAACAAGAGCUCAAAGAUGUUGUGGAAUUUUUGAAAAAUCCUGACAAAUUUUCAAACUUAGGUGGCAAAUUACCUAAAGGCGUGUUAUUGGUGGGCCCUCCAGGCACAGGAAAAACACUUUUGGCCAGAGCAGUUGCAGGUGAAGCUGGAGUUCCAUUUUUUCAUGCAGCUGGACCUGAAUUUGACGAAGUUUUGGUGGGACAAGGGGCUAGACGUGUGAGGGACCUAUUUAAGGCUGCUAAGGAUCGCGCUCCUUGUGUUAUCUUCAUUGAUGAAAUUGACUCUGUAGGUUCCAAAAGAACUAAUAGCGUCCUGCAUCCUUACGCUAAUCAAACAAUCAAUCAACUAUUGAGCGAAAUGGACGGGUUUCAUCAAAAUGAAGGCGUCAUUGUUUUGGGAGCCACAAACCGCAGAGACGAUUUGGAUCAGGCCCUUCUACGACCAGGCAGAUUUGAUGUUGAGGUUACUGUGCCUACACCCGAUUAUACAGGUCGCAAAGAGAUAUUGGGCUUGUAUUUGAGCAAAAUAUUGGCCAAAGGCGUGGAUUUGGAGCUGUUGGCUCGAGGCACAACAGGAUUUACAGGGGCUGAUUUGGAGAAUAUGGUCAAUCAAGCAGCAUUGAGAGCUGCAAUGGAUGGCGCUGAUAGUGUCUCAAUGAAACAUUUAGAAUCUGCCCGUGACAAAGUUCUCAUGGGCCCAGAACGAAAAUCCCGCAUCCCUGAUGAAGAAGCAAACCUAAUUACAGCCUACCACGAGGGUGGCCAUGCAAUUGUAGCCUUCUACACCAAAGAUAGCCACCCGUUACACAAAGUCACCAUUAUCCCACGCGGACCUAGUUUGGGCCACACCGCAUACAUUCCGGAAAAGGAACGUUACCAUGUGACUAAAUCCCAAUUGCAGGCAAUGAUGGACACUAUGAUGGGCGGCAGGGCCGCUGAAGAAUUGGUUUUUGGACCAGAAAAAAUCACUUCUGGGGCCAGUUCUGAUUUGCAACAGGCUACGUCGAUUGCAACGCAUAUGGUAAAAGAUUGGGGCAUGUCCGAGAAAUUAGGUCUCAGAACCAUAUCGGAAAACUCUAAGAGUUUUCAUCCUGAACAAUUGGGACCGUCCACAACGGAAACUGUCGACAACGAAAUUAGAAGGAUUCUUAUGGAAAGUUAUGACAGGGCCAAACAAAUCCUGAAAUCUCACGCAAAAGAGCACAAGGCUCUGGCGGAGGCUCUGAUGCAGUACGAAACGUUGGAUGCUGAAGAUAUUAAAGCGAUAAUGGCAGAUAAAACUCCAGAUAAAUCGUAAUUUUACCUUUUGAACUAAAAAGUAGUAGAUUUUAAGAAUCUUUUUUUAAAGGUCUCCUUUCAAUUGAAUACUUUAAUUUAAUGUUUAUUAUUAAAUCGGAAACCUGUGAAUAACUUUUUCGAUUAUUUAAUAAUAAAGUUUUGAUUUUAUAGA